AAAGCAAAGAUUCUUAAUGGUAGGUGUACAAGUCAAUCGUAUGAUUACUUGUAUAAUAAGCAAUACAAACUUCACGCUCUUUUGCGCAAUUUAUCACUUUGUAUGAAAUGUAUCUAUUGUAUUUAAUAGCAUUGAACAAGUAUUGUCAAUAACCUUGAUUUAAUGUUAAGGUUGACGUUAAAGUAUUUGGCCUACUUUCGCCAUUGACGACAUAGGACGACAUAGGAGGGUGCAGCGAGGAGUGUGCUUGCUUGCGAGUCGCGAGCACAAGGGGUUGACGCGAGUUCGACGAAAAAAAACAUGCUAUAAUUAAUCGCUAAUCGUUAAUCGUCAAUACUAUAUACUUGAGCAAAAAAUAUAGGUCUAUUUAGCUAUACUACAGCGGACAGUUCUUUUUGCAGUUCUUCCACUUCUUUCUCAUACAUUCUAUAUUCUCUUCAAGAUAAAGUGAGUACUUGAAAUUGAAACCACACAUACGCGAGACUGUUUUUUCAGCUGCAAAAACGCUUCGAAUAAAUCUGUAAAUGGAAAGAACGAUACGAUAACAAAUUCCCCACAAACUAAGAACCAAGGUCCAUCUUUCUCGGCUGCAUUAUGUCAUGUUAAAAUUGUAUUAAAAAUUGUGCUCUGGAUAAAGAGGAAAGAAGAAAAUUUCAAAGAAGAGCGCAUAAAGUACACCUAGCAAGAACCGACUUGAACACCUCGAUUAUCUCGAUGACCGUAUCGAUCGAUCGAAGGUCAAUCGCGUCGCGGAUCGGAGCGGAGCGAACUCGUGUCCUCGGAAGUGUCCUCGGUUCGCGGCGACGGUAGUCAAGUCGCCUGUCGGGCGCGUCACGAAUUGUCGUGGAUGAGUUCGUCGCGCGUUAUGCACCCCGAUGCAUUAUCCACGAGGAGAGGCACGAGUGCACGACGCGUGAACGCGCAUCGCGCGUGCGAUGAACGCGAUUACUUAAGGCUCGUUACGUUUGGCUUUUAUCGCGCUGGUUAACGUAAUCGUCAACGAGACAGUAACCCUUCCUAUCCAUUCCUCUUCGUCAUUCUCGAUGUUCAAUCGUGAUUCGGCUGUAUCAUAGAACGUCGACGAUGAAGGAGAAGGUUAACUCACCACAUGACAUCGCGUAUGACAGACUAUCAAUCUUCCCGCCGAUUUCGAACCCCUUGCAUAUCCUUGAUUGACGACCGUAUCGAGUGAAUUUAACACGACAAAGAUGAGCAUAUUCGAGAAUGGAAUAAUAUUGUGUUGGCACGAUAUGUCGGAGCAAACGUGACGGAUUGAUAGGAAUUAUGGUGUAACUUAAGCACGAUCAUAACAAUCACAAUUGCUCAGGCUAUAGUAUCUUUCAGUGUGAUUACAUGGUAGCUAAUGGAUAAAGAUGAUUGUCAAGAACAAAUCUUGCCGAAUAUGCACUACUUAAGUUAAAGUGAGUAGGGGCUCUAUAUCAUGCCAAAAUGGCAAUUGGAAAUAUUAUCUGUGGUGCAAAUACACCCAAAGUGAAGAAAAAGAAAAUUAAGGCAACUGAACGCAGUUGGAUAGAAGCAACAUUUCAAAAGAGGGAAUGCUCUAAGUUUAUACCAAGUGCAGAGGAUGAACAUAGGUUUGUACAAGUACAGGGAGAUAAGAAUGCAGAAUAUGAUGUGAUCACUACUUCCAGAUGCUGCUGUGGCAACUCGUACACGCAUCAUUGUGGAACUGGGGCGGAUGUUCAGAGUUACAAUGCUGGUGACACCAAGGAGAAAGAUCGAGAACAAUGGUCUCCAGGAAAGAAUACCCAUCCCUUCCCCACUGAUGCAUAUGGUACCAUAGAAUUUCAGGGAGGUCCACAUCCAACAAAAGCACAAUAUGUGAGAUUGGCUCAUGAUACGCGGCCGGAACCGAUUGUGCAAUUAUUAUGUCGAGAAUGGAAUUUAGGCUUACCCAAAUUGUUAAUUACGGUUCACGGCGGCCGAUCGAACUUCGAACUUCAGCCAAGUUUGAAGAAAGUAUUGCGUAAAGGUUUAUUGAAAGCUGCCAAAACAACAGGGGCAUGGAUAUUCACGGGAGGAACAAAUACAGGUGUCACGAGACAAGUCGGCGAUGCGUUACUAUUGGAACGUUCUCAACGACAGGGCCGUGUUGUGAGCAUAGGCAUUGCUCCUUGGGGAAUUUUGGAUAAAAGUCAUGAGUUAAUUGGUCGUGGUGGAGAAGUGUCGUAUGAUUGCGUUUCCUCACCAUGGACAAAAUAUACAGUAUUAAAUAACCGACACGCUUACUUCUUAUUAGUUGACAAUGGCACUGGUGGUCGGUAUGGUGCAGAAAUUGUCCUCCGUAGAAGAUUAGAGAAAUAUAUCUCAAAUUUGAAGCUGCAACCAUAUACACACAGCAGCAUACCUGUGGUUGCAUUAGUCAUUGAAGGCGGUACGAAUACAAUUCGGGCAGUCUUAGAGUAUGUGACAGAUGAUCCGCCUGUACCUGUUGUAGUUUGUGAUGGUUCGGGACGUGCUGCCGAUUUAAUCGCUUUUAUGCACAAAUGGAGGGAUGGGCAGACUGGUGAUGGAGAAGGGCCACUGGAAGGUGUCAAGGAACAAGUUUUAGAAACCAUCAAACGUACUUUUCAAGUUUCUGCCGAACAGGCGAGUCAGCUCUGUUCGGAACUUUUGCAAUGUACACGAAAGAAACAUUUGAUCACUGUAUUCAGGAUAUCGCAGGAUAGGCCGCAAGAACUCGAUCAAACCAUAUUGACAGCUUUGUUUAAGUCGAAACAGUUGUCCCCGGCUGAACAAUUAUCUCUUUCUCUAAUAUGGAACAGGGUAGAUAUUGCCCGGAGUGAAAUAUUCGUGUAUGGUCAAAAAUGGCCACCUGGUGCUUUAGAACAGGCUAUGAUGCAAGCGCUUCAGCAUGACAGAAUAGACUUUGUGAAACUUCUACUGGAAAAUGGCGUAUCCAUGCGGAAAUUUUUAUCAAUACCGCGUCUUGAGGAGCUGUAUAAUACGAAAGAAGGCCCAUCGAAUACGUUAGGCUACAUUCUGCGCGACGUACGACCAAAUAUACCACGAGGCUACAUGUAUACGCUGCACGACAUCGGUCUAGUGACCAACAAACUGAUGGGUGGAGCAUAUCGCGCGCAAUAUACACGCCGAAGGUUUCGCAUGAUCUACACGAAAGUGAUGAAGAGGUCUGGUGGCGGUCAUCAGCAGCACAUGCAUCGGAACAGCUGUGUCGUGAAUUGCAAUACGCGCUAUUACGCAGGUUCCGCAGGGAAGUCCGACAGUCUGACUAUGAGUCUACUCGCCGAAACAUUACCAGCUAAUCGUGACACUCCCCUUUUUGAUUACCCCUUUAACGAGCUGCUUAUUUGGGCUGUAUUAACGAAACGCCAACAGAUGGCUUUGUUAAUGUGGCAGCAUGGAGAAGAAGCAUUGGCCAAGGCACUUGUUGCGCUCAAAUUGUACAAAGCUAUGGCACACGAGGCGGCCGAGGACGAUCUGGAGACCGAGGUUUACGACGAAUUGCGCGGUUAUGGCAAAGAGUUUGAAAAUAUCGCCCUCGAAUUAUUGGAUUAUUGCUAUCGACAAGAUGACGAUCAAACUCAGCAGCUGUUAACUUCAGAACUGCAAAAUUGGUCGGGACAAACGUGUUUGUCCCUGGCAGUUACAGCAAAUCAUCGACCAUUGUUAGCGCAUCCUUGUAGCCAAAUUAUUUUGGCUGACUUAUGGAUGGGUGGCCUUCGUACUCGUAAAAAUACUAAUUUAAAGGUAAUUAUGGGAUUGCUCUUUCCUAUGUACAUAGCACGAUUGGAAUUUAAGAGCAGAGAAGAACUGCAACUGAUGCCACAGACACAAGAGGAACACUUGAUAGCUUUGGAAGAUGAGAAAGAAGACAGUGACUCCGAACACGGUGUAUCAGCAGGACCAGACGUUGAGAAACGUCUGCGCAGGAGCCUGAGCAUACGCAACAAACCCAGCAGCCAACCAGGCGUUAAGGCUUUGAUUAGCAACGAGCACUGUACCGCAAUAAUAAAGGAAACAAUUGUCCAAGAGAAUGGGAAAGUAUUAACGGACCACGACGACGGUAUUCAUCGCGCUUAUGGUAUUCGAUCUGAGUACUAUGAUAAUAAAACAACCAGGCCAUUAAGAUUAAAAAAGAAGCUAUACGAGUUCUAUACUGCACCGAUUACGAAGUUUUGGGCGAACGCCAUAGCGUACAUUGUUUUCUUACUUUUCUUCUCGUACUGCAUCCUCGUACACAUGGACGAUCAUCCGUCAUUAGCCGAAAUAUAUGCAAUCGCGUACAUCUGUACGCUCGGAUGCGAGAAAGUGCGCGAAAUCGCAACUUCAGAACCGGCGACGCUCUCGCACAAGUUUAGCGUGUGGGCGUGGAACAUGUGGAACCCGUGUGAUGCAGCCGCGAUAAUAUUUUUCCAAAUCGGACUAACUUUACGUCUGCGACAAUCGACUCUAGAUGUAGGUCGUGUCAUAUAUUGUGUUGAUUGCAUCUACUGGUAUUUACGAAUACUAAACAUCCUUGGUGUCAACAAAUAUUUUGGUCCUCUGGUAACUAUGAUGGGAAAGAUGGUUAAGAACAUGAUAUAUUUUGUUGUGCUUUUGCUAGUCGUACUCAUGAGUUUCGGUGUGGCAAGGCAAGCUAUAUUGCAUCCUAAUUCGGAGCCGAAGUGGCGUAUAGUACGAAAUAUAUUUAUGCAGCCGUACUUUAUGCUGUAUGGAGAAGUAUACGCGGACAAUAUAGAUCCGGAUUGCGGGGACGAGCCGGGAAUGAUUGCGUGCCUUCCAGGUCGUUGGAUCACGCCUGCUGCAAUGUCCGUGUAUCUUUUAAUUGCCAAUAUUUUGCUCAUAAAUCUGUUAAUUGCGGUAUUUAACAAUAUUUUCAAUGAGGUGAAUGCUAUAGCUCAUCAAGUCUGGAUGUUCCAACGCUUUACCGUCGUUAUGGAAUAUGAACAGAAACCAGUAUUGCCGCCACCACUUAUAGCGGUUUGCCACAUAUAUUUACUGCUGAGAUAUUUUCUGAGGCAUAUUACGCAAAAUAAAGGAGGCACGGGUGAGACCUGCGACAACGGGCUGAAGUUGUUUCUGGAGCCCGACGACAUGGAACGAUUGUAUGAUUUCGAGGAGGAUUGCGUCGAAGGCUACUUCCGCGAACAAGAGCUCAAGCUGCAAAUGUCCACGGAGGAGCGUGUGAAGAUCACGACGGAUCGAGUGGAAAAUAUGCACCAGAAGAUUGAGGAUAUCGAUAAGAAAGAAAGCAAUCAGAAUGCAUCUCUUCAGGCAGUUGAAUUCCGCAUUCGCAAGCUGGAGGAGCUGAGUCAGCAGACUCUAGCGCAUCUCGGGGUGAUACAUCGUUUCAUGGCGACGUAUAUGCCGAACGAAGGGCUAGCCGGUUUGGAACUGGAUGUACGACAACGUCGAGUGUCCGAGCGUUCGGAAGCUUUCUCCGAAGCGGAUUCGCACACACAAUUGCCGACGGUGGCGCGACGUAAAAGACUGCUGCGAUCAUUCACCGACGCCACCUUCCUGAACGUCGGCCCGCCGGUGGAGGACGACGGCUUGAAGAUGUCCGAGACCGUGACUUCCCGCGAGAAUCUCAGUAGAAAUUCUUCGGUGAGCGUGGACGUUCCGGCCGUGCAAGAUGACAUCAAAACUAUGACGAGUGUGGAGACUGAGGGUAGCAAGGAUGUGCUCGAAGGCGGCGAUGGAGUGGCGAAGAAGGAGACAUUGUCCGAAAAAGCAAUGAGUCACGAAACCAGCAGGGAGGUGAGCAGAGAGGUAAGUCGGGAGGUCAGCAUGGAGACCAGCAGGGAAAUCAGCAGAGAGCAGAGCAGAGAGCAGAGCAGAGAGCAGAGCAGAGAAGUCAGUAGAGAGACCAGUCGAGAAGCCAGCAAGGAAGCCAGCAGUGAGAAUCCACCGUCGGACAUUAGGCAAGAUUCCACAGAACGUCCUACGCUUAGACAGAACAGCAGAACCAGGUCGGAGUCGGACGACAACAUGCUCCUGCCGCCACCUGGCAUUCAGAGAGCCGUGACUUGGGCGGAACCUCGCGUCGCCGUGAUUCCGUCGUCCGUCACGUCUGCCGGUAGCGCCCAAAGGUCGAUCCUGCUGACGAUGCGCGCAGAGUAUACCAGCAUAACAGACGAGCUCGAGAGCUAUUGCGGGCUUUUGAGUCCGCCUCGAACACCUCCAGUUUCACCGCCACCAUCGCGCGUCCGCAACAUGUCAGACAUUUCGAAUCCCGAGAUGGCAUGGCAGAUCGAGAAUGAGCACCUUCGCGACGCCGAGGAGUGCGAUUAUCAGCAGAUGGAGGAUUUGAUUCAGCGGCGGUAUCGGGAGGACGACAAUGACGACGACGACGACGACGAUGACGACGAGGGUGGUGGUGACGAUGACGAGCAGCCACCGAACGCGCCGGAUGAGGCGGGCGUUGCUUGUUUCUUCAGCGUGUCCAAUGACCAUCAUCGUCAACUGCACCGUUCCUCCGCGAUCGACGAGGACUCGCGCAGACCACCGCCGACCAUCAGCGUUACCAGAGAAAUCGAACAAACGCUGUCGCGGCCUCCGAUACGCGAGUCGGAGACUGCCGAUCCGAACGACAAGAAUCUGAGCACCGUACCUGCGCCUGCUUCGGAAACCAUGUGCUGAGCGAAGCGAGGCGCGUUGUCUGUUUUCUCCGAGAGUUCUGGAAAGUACACAUGAUUUGUCGUGCGAUCUGAGGGCUUUUAGAACCGAUAUAGCUGUCGGUUAUCGGUUUAGUGAUUAUAUUUUCGCUGUCGGAUAUGGCAUAUUCUCGGUUAUCUCAUUUUCGACGGUAAUGCACUACGUUCCGGAUACUCGACGAUUAUCAGCGGUUAGAUUUGGUUUCCAACGAUCAUCUAUCCGAUGGCCAUCCGAUGGACACCGAACUACACGUCAUCCUUACGUAACGUAGUUACGCAUCGAUACGUAUAUUAGACGGUCGCGGGAUAUUUUCUUCCGUGAUUCUUGACUUAGGGGGAUCUAUAUCGAGCACACGACGCUCAUAAGUAUGCGAAAUCAUUUCGCACGCAUGGCCUAAGUAGUACAUUUUUUAGUGAACUAAGUGAUCAUAUUAUAUACAUUUUACGUGUAAUAAUCGUGUGUGAUUUUUAUCGAUUUUUAUAUUAUAUUAUUGCGUCAAUGCUUCUGAUCUUCUAUAGUGAACGAACGACGCGUUGCGAUUAUAUCUCUCUCCCUCAUAUAUUGAUCUUUUAAUGUAUUAUUACAUAGAGCACACCGAGAGAACGUCGGAUUUGGAAUUCUUUUUGUGCACUGUCUCAACGAGUCGUUUAUCGUAUCUCUGUCCCAGAAUUUUAUCAAAUGCAUCGAAUUACAUGAAAGUCGUAUGGUGUACUGUGUUCUGCAGAGAAAGUUACGUUGUCUCUACUUGUGUCCACCACGUCUGAUGCAUUCUGUGCAUUCGAAGUCCUUCCAUUCGGUAGAUUAACGUAAUUUCGCAAUUUUAUAUAUGCGCACCUUUAUUUUAGCAGAUAUACACAUAUAUAAUAUAUAUUAUUUUAGAGGAUGGGAUAUCAAAGGCGCUCCUGUAUAGAGUUAUUAUAUCUAUUGUACAUAACUUACACAAUGAUACUUAAUUAGUCAGCGAAUGAGUCACAUCUUACGAAUACGUCUGUGCUUGGUUCGAGAGUGUGACAAAAUCCGAAAUUUAAUUUGUGAAAACUCGAGGCGCGCAGAGAAACCCGUGUUGAAGGUGCAGGCUCUCAUCGUAAUCGAUCUCUAGAUUUAAAUACGUUGCCGCGGAUUGACGCAGUGAUGGAUAUUGCGUCUCAGGUGCGGCUUUAUUAUCCUUACUGCCGGAUACUUCGAUCGACUUUUUUGAGGUAUAUUUAGGGCCUUACAGAGCGCACUUUCAGCUGCGUCAGACUUUCACGGACCAUUUAUAAGAGCGAACCAUAUCACGCAGACACGUUCUAAACGAACUAAGCCAAUCUGCGUUAGUACAAUUGCAACUAUCUAAAAGAAAACUUUGAUACCUGUACCUAAAAUGCCUAAAUGUAUAGAGAAUAUAUAUUGUGUGUGUAGUUGUUACAUCACACAGAGGAGAGAUGAGAGACGCGAUGAUUUUAAGCGUGUUCAGCAAACGUUCAUGGUGUAUAACUGUGAACUGAUGUAGCAGUCGGUUACCAACUUGUUUCGAGUGCUAGCAACUUUCUAUAUUUUUCUGUCUAGACUAAUUAUUCUUGUAUAAUGUACCGUUGAACAGUUGAAUAUUAUAUUACAGCCACUUUCAUUAAGUCCAGCCGUUACUUGUACGUGUAUGUGUCAAUGGCAGUUUUUAUGUUGUGUACGUUCUCCCUGUGUAAUUUCGACACGAUCGAUAAUCCGAGUGUAUCAUUUCUUAUUGUUUUACAUUUGCAUACAUUUGAGAUACCACAAACUUCACUAAAUUUCAUACACUUCAACUCUGCUUCAAUUUGCUCAAACUGUCCGAAUCAAAAAGAAUUAAUAAUCUAGCGCGAUAUCAUGCUUUGACUCGUAAACGAAGACUAAGUAAUUUCUCAAAAUACAUAUUAUCCACUUAUAUAUAAAUUAUCCUCGAUCCUCGACGAAGGAGACUAUUUGCUCCUUCAGGACGAGGUUUGAACGAUUUCAUUAUCAAUAUCGAUGUAAAAUCACAAGCAAUAUUAAACAUUUGUGCGACAUACGGUCGCGAUAAGAUUAUUAUACAUCGUGAACGAUGUUUAAUUGCGCAAUAAUUACAUUCGAACACUUAAUCGGGACAAUAUUAGUGUUGAUACGGCAUCGAUUAUGCUUUCAUUAAUUCCUAAUGGGAGGGGAGAGGAACACCACCCGUAACGUUAAUUUGUACAUACAAUUGUCGGAUGGUCCGCCAACAAGUGGAAUAAUAUUGCAUUUUUAUUAUUCGUAUUGUAGGGCCACGUAAUUUUAAUGUGUUUGCUAAAUAUAUAUUAUGUAAUGAUAUGUGCAACAUAAGUACACACACACACACACACACACACACACACACACACAUACAUACAUACAUACAUACAUACACAUGGUAAAUAAUUUGCUCAAUUUUAUUUUCAUACACGCGACAUAGAUGAAAAUGUUUUACGAUAUCGAAAGAGAAAUGAAGAAGCGACAGCAUAUGUUCUCGAUAUGAAUGUGUAAAUAAAUAAUGCAUAUACGCAGCGACUAAUACCAAUUUUCGAGCACACACAUAUACACAUAUACACAAAAUAUUGAAUAAUAAUGAUAAUAAUACUAGCAUUAAUUGCAGCGAUAAUAAUAGCAUGUAAUAGUGAUAAUACGUAUACUCUUAUUGCGUAUUUAUGCCGAAUGUACUUUGAAUAUUAUAUUUCUUUAUAUUUCUUUAUAUUUCUUAUGCACACAUACGAAUGUACAUAUUUACAUUUGUACUCUGCUGCAUAGAUCUUUGUGUGUUUAUCUCUCUGUUUUUCGGUGUAGAACCAAUUCACGUUCUUCCUUUGUCGUACGUUGUGAAACGCAGACGCUAGUCAUAUGAAAGUCGUACAGUGAAAAAAUACCAUUGGACGAUUCCGUGGGUGUGUUAAAGCAGAUAAAUCAUAUCACAAUUGUUAACACGACUCUGAAUUAUGGGAUAUAACUUAACUUUCAACGAGACAGAGUGAUGACGAGUAGCGCUCGAGCGAAACAAGCACUACUCGACUCAUUCUCGACUAGAGCUAAGAUAAAUAUUGUUCCGUUGUCAGGAUCUAUUCCGUCUAAGCAUUGGCAAUCAUUCCGCGACGCUCAUUUUGAAAGACUGCGCGCAUACAUAAAUAUACUGUGAAUCUUGGGUCUGUUCUCUUUAGCAAAACUAGGUCGCACUUUCUGUUUUCUUCUUUUUUUUUGUUUUAGAGUGAGACGAAUAUGUAACGGACUGUUGAAGGGAAAAAGAAACGAAGCUCCGGAAUAACACUAGCGUAGCUGAAAAGAACAGGCCUCUUGUCGAUUGCAGCAAGAGUUGUACUUCGACCGAUGUAGUCGUACACGUAAAUUGACUAGUAUCAUUAAUCAUUGAUGUGUUUUAUCAUACGUUGUUCCUACAUUAUAUGCACGUACGCACGCAUGUUCGCACGUACUCUAUUAUCGCGUAUCAACGUUGCUGAAGAUUAACCUUUCACGAGUGGCGAUUAUCUUGCGUUCAUUAGCAUUCUCCAUAUAAAUCGUAUUGUAUAUCACCGUUAUGCGAAGGAGAAAACGAAGAAAAUCGAAACGGGACGACACCUCCAGCGCUCACAGCAAAAGUAAAUGUAGCGUACUUAGAUUUCCUAGCCGUUAUCUCGACAGUACAAUACAAUACAUAUUGCGCUUUGUUAUCACGAGCAAGUACGGCGUAGCGUAGCCGAUACCAGUCUAAUCGAUGACGAUCAGACAAAGCCGUUGAUUGUACGUACAAUUCGGAGUACGCAAUUGUCCACAAUCGUGCAGUUAAUGAUCGUAAAAUACGUGCCUUCUCGUCAUACUAUCUGUUUUUUAUAAUAUACAAGACGCAUGCAUUUUCAAGUUUUAUUAUAACAAUCGAAUUCUAGGGAGGUACUCGAUUCCGCGACGUCCGCGCGCGAUCGCUCGAAGCGUCGCUCCUAUCGGCAAUUCAGGAGUCUCAUUGUAACUGUAACUCUCGUAAUGUUUUCCGACGUAAGCUAAACGUGUUACAUCCAUAUUUUCUUCCUUGUAGCUCGCUUAAUUCGACAAAUACAAA